AUGCUUCAUUACACUGUGCUUAAUCUACUUGGUAGUGGCUAUGAGAAAGUGACUGCACCACUCGUUGCUGUUCCCUCAGAUCAAUCAAUCUUCCUCAGAUACGUUAGAAACAUUGCCCUUGUCUUCUCAUACUUCAUUUUGCAUAUAUUCACAAUUCCAGCAUUUUGGGUGGCUCAAUUAUUCUUUGACGAUGGCUAGCUAUUCUUACAGUUCUGGAGUCAAAUUCUUCAACUUGUUCCUCUUGAUUGA